UGUGAGAGGAAAAAGACCCUCACCUUACCGAGACAGACCAGUAAUCCUCAGACCCGGACCCGGACUGUGACAGAUCCAGAUCUUACUCUUGCCCCCUUCGCUGUUUCCUCCUCGUGGCACUCUGUAAACAGAAUCUGUCCUUUGUGCCUUUUUUAAAAAGAUCUGCUCCUCCUCUUCAGACUGUCAGACCUCCAGUCUCAGGAGAACUUAUAAACCUGUUAGCUGUUAGCUCAGCUGUCAAACUGCUCUUUGUCUCUCCAGUCUCUCUGGGUCUCCCUGAGUCUCUCUGAGUCUCUCCUCUGGGUUAGCUCUCACCCCGGCUCUCCACACCUCCAGUCUGUGUCCCCUGACUGAAGCUCAGCACACCAAGAUAGGCGGCUUGGGAUCCAAGAUGUCGAACCGAGUGGUGUGCAGAGAAGCGAGUCACGCCGGGAGCUGGUACUCUGCCUCGGGAUCCCAGCUGAACGCACAACUAGAGGGCUGGCUGUCCAAAGCAGAGUCCUCAAUCAGACCUGCUAGAGCCAUCAUAGCACCGCAUGCUGGCUAUACCUACUGUGGUGCUUGUGCAGCACAUGCCUACAAGCAGGUUGAUCCCUCCAUUACUCGUAGGGUGUUCAUCCUGGGACCUUCACACCAUGUGCCCCUCUCCCGCUGUGCCCUGUCAACUGCAGACAUCUAUAGAACACCUCUCUAUGACCUGAGAAUCGACCAGAAGGUGUACGCCGACCUCUGGAAAACUGGGUUGUUUGAGCGGAUGAGUAUUCAGACAGAUGAAGACGAGCACAGUAUUGAAAUGCACUUGCCUUACACUGCUAAAGCCAUGGAGAGCCACAAAGACGAGUUUAGCAUCGUCCCCGUGCUCGUGGGAGCCCUGAGUGAGUCCAGGGAACAGGAGUAUGGGAAACUGCUCAGCAAGUACCUGGCAGACCCCUCCAACCUUUUCAUUAUCUCGUCUGACUUCUGCCACUGGGGUCAGCGGUUCCGUUACACGUACUACGAUGAGUCUCAAGGGGAGAUCUACAGGUCUAUUGAGCAUCUGGAUAAAAUGGGUAUGGGCAUUAUAGAACAGCUGGAUCCAAUGUCUUUCACCAACUACUUGAAGAAGUACCGCAACACCAUCUGUGGACGUCACCCUAUCGGAGUGCUGCUACAUGCCGUGGCCGAGCUGAGGAAGUCUGGAUUAGAAAUGAACUUCUCUUUCCUGAACUACGCCCAGUCCAGUGAGUGCAGGAACUGGCAGGACAGCUCUGUGAGUUACGCUGCCGGGGCGCUCAUCGUUCAUUGAGGUCGACCGUCGCAGGGGGCAAAGCAAUGCCGCUGCCCUGCCCUUACUAUCUAUCGCCAUAACCUGACCCCGACACCCCCCCUCCCCUUCCUCCUCCUCUUCCUCAGCCCUCCCCGUGUUACGCCCACUAUUUGCAGGAAGGACCUAGACACUCGAAGCCAAUACAGUCUUCUUUCUCUGUCUCUCUCUCUCAGCUCUGCUCCGCCUUUCUCCACCCUCCUCUCAGUUUGAAGUGUGUCUCCGAGCGUUAGGUUGAAACCUUCAGUGUGAAGUGCAGUUUUGAGAUUAUACAGAAGUUAAAGUUUAGAGGAUGAGCUCUUGUUAGUUUGGCUCGGAGGGGGAGCUCUUGUGAGGUUUUUUUUUUUGUUGCGAGGACUGUAGUGAGUGAGUUUGUUUUCCCUGACAACACGAUGGAUUUCACUUGUUUUGAUGAUGCAAUCUUGGACUCCUGGCGUUCUGUGCUCAUGUAAAAGUAAUGAAAAUAAAACUGCAGAUCUUUAAAGGAGAACACUGAAACGCUGCCGGAUGAGAAUGAAGUGUUUUGACUGACCGCUUCGAGCUUCAUGCGAACUUAAACUCCUAAAAACAGUGUCAUAGGUAAUCCCACCAUCGCUCAACAUACUCUUAUGUUGUAGUUGCUAACAAAGGGCUGCUUACAGCAAAGUUCACUAACCCCUCUGUACAAACCAAAAAGUGUAUUACUCAGUUAAUUCUUGAAUAUUAUCUUUUCUUCAUAUUUUACUCUCCUCUUAUUCUCCCUCUUUUCAUAGUUUAUUAGACGUGAAGUAUUUACUCCAGUAGUUUGUAGAUUUGAACUAAAGCAGUGUUGUCAGUGAAGCUCUAAAGCCAUCAACAUGGUUUGCCCGACAUAUAAAUGUGCACAACACUGCUCCCAGAGUCUCACUUAAUAUCUGUAGCGUUAUAGAAAUGCAUUUGCGGGCCUUGAUGCAGUUACAGGUACGACAGAAGCGUCAUCAGAGCUGGAUGUGGUGUAGGUUUCUCCCAGCGCAGACGCCUCCUGUCGAAUCUUACUCGACUCCCUCGGAUCUCUGCGGUUCCUAAAAUCUCCACGCAGGACACUGAAGAGAAGAUUUCCUUUAUUGCUGGAUUUGGAGAUUUCUUUUGUUACAUGCUCGUUUCUGGAAGAGCAGCAAAGCUUUUGUUGUAGCCUGAGAAGAGAUGAAGUUGUAGAUUUGAAACCUCAGAUUUUUUGUCGUAUUCAGAUUUUAAGAAAGCCAAAAUGUUUCAGGAAGAUUGAAGUCAUUAAGCUAGUUAGCGCUGUGAGUUUACGUUUUGUUCCUCGCCAAACAACAAGCUAACGUUAGAUAAAGCUAAUUAUUCGCUAAAGUCACACGCAGGACAUUUUCCUCCCAGGACAGCGGCGUCCAUGUCUGUGGACGCCAUCUGACAAAUAUUUAUUUCUUCUUGAUACUAAAAAAACAACAAGCUCUGGAAGUCUGGAGGUACAUUUAGCAAGCGAAACAAAGUUUGAUUAACGAGCUACAAUACGACUUCAGCUAACUCAACUCAACUCAAACUUUAUUGAUAGAGCACGUUUAAAACAACCAGAGUUGACCAAAGUGCUGUACAGAUCAAAAACAGCACAAAUGACAAACAUAGCAUACAAUACAAUAUUAAAAUACAUAAACAGUGCAAAUGUAUAAUAAAAUAAGAUAGAAUAAAAUAAAUUUAAAUGUAAUUAAGAUUAUGCCAGAUGUCCACUCAAUGUUGAUUAAAGGUGACAUAUCAUGCAAAAUGGGCUUUUUAAUGGUUCUCUACCUGAAAUAUGUGUCCCUGUCUACAAACCCCCCAAGAAUGAAAAGAAUCCAUUCUGCCCCUGUUCUGAUUUCUCCACCUUUCUGUAAAUGUGUGUGAAACCAGCCGUUUCAGACUUCAGUGUUUUUGUUACAUAACAACAAUAUCCGGUCUGUCACGGAGUCAGAGCUCGGAGCUUGUUCAGCCCAUAGACUGUAUAAAAUAAUACUGAAUCCCUCCUCCGUUUUUCAUUACCUGCACAAAUGUGUGCUAACAAGGAGCUUAGGAGGGAGGCAUGCUAGUUGUAGGCUGUCUUAAUAAACACAAAGGUCGGUUUGACUCCCCACGUCUGCAGAUUUGAAGAUCUAGGGGAUGAUUUUUAGUUUUCAUGGAAAAGUGCUAGCGCUAGUUAGCAUAGCUACAUAGCAACAUGUCAUAGCUGUAGCUGUAGCUGUGUACCAAGACACACGUCUACAUGCUGACAAAUAAAACAACAAGAAACACUAAAUCUGUGACCAAUCCUUCAGAAAGGUCCUGCUGCCUUUCUGGCAGAGGUCGGUUUGACUCCCCACGUCUGCAGAUUUGAAGAUCUAGUGGAUGAUUUGUAUUUAUCAUGGAUAAGUGCUAGCGCUAGUUAGCAUAGCCACAUAGCUACAUGUUCGUAGCUGUGUACCAAGACACACGUGGACAUACUGAUAAAUAAAACAACAAGAAACACUAAAUCUGUGACCAAUCCUUCAGAAAGGUCCUGCUACAGGAGCCUCUCCGUCAGGAUCAGAUUCUGGAUCAGAUUCAGAGGGUUGAAGUAACGCGGGUCUGUGAGCAGCCGUGUAUAUUCAGCCAACAUGUAAACAUUAGAUCAACGUGCUGGACAGCCGAGGCCACAUCCACUUCCUGAGGGGGCGUGGUCAGAGAGAAAACAGACUGUUCUGAGGAGGACUGAAGAAGAGGGUUCUUCAGGCAGACCAAAAUCUGAUUUCAAAGUGUUUUUUUGAGCAUAAACUUUAAAGACAUGUUUUGGGGACCUCUUAGACCAAUAUAUGUUGAUGAAAAAAGCGUGAUAUGUCACCUUUAUAAGCCAGGGAGAAGAGGUGUGUCUUAAGAGAGGAUUUAAAACCCUCAGUUGAUCCUGCAGAGCGGAUCUGUUGGGGCAGGUUGUUCCAGAGCCGAGGAGCCGCCUCCACACAGGCUCGCUCACCUCUGGUUUUAAGCCUGGUUUUGGGAGUGGCCAAUACCAACUGAGCAGAUGAUCUCAAUGUCCUGGCAGGGACAUGAUACUGGAGAAGCUCGGUCAGGUACUGGGGGGCUCGGCCAUUAAGAGCUUUAAAAACAAACAAUAACAUUUUAAAAUCUAUUCUAAAAGCAACCUGGAGCCAGAGCAGCGAAGCUAGGACAGGGGAUAUGUGGUCACUCUUGCGUUUGCCAGUGAGGAGACGGGCAGCAGCAUUUUGUACCAGCUGCAGGCGGUGCAAUAAUGAGGUCCAACGGAGAGUUAAAACAACAAGCUAGUCUCUUUGUCCCGCAAGCUAGCGGAUAUUAUCUUAGCUGUUUAGCUAACGAGUUGAAAUAAUGGUGAAAUAAUAAUUUGUCUGAUUCCCUUUAAAUGGAACCGUUACAGUCGUGGUAUUAUUCAUACAAUAUCAUGAGACUUCAGCUUCCCACACUGAACAUCACGUACGAAAAAUUGGCUACUGCUGUGAGGAUCCAUCGGAUGUGGUUAAUUUGCCAAAAAAGUGUCUGUACUGGAGGAAAAUGUAAAAACCAUCAGAGGAAACACUCGAACACGAGCUCAAUCAGGGUAAAAAGCCACAACAGGUCCACAGGUUGCGUGACACGUGAAGUUGUCUCUUGAAUUAAGACACGAAGGGUCAAAUAAUGAGACACGAAUCAGUGCCGCGGACACGAAUGUUUCACAGAGCAGACAUGAGGCCCUCUGCUCCCUCUCCAUACACUCCUCCUCUCUGUUUGCAUGUUCAUGUGUUCUCGUGGAGCGUCUGUAACUUUGAGUGUUGUCUAUAGACCCUUUAACAGCGAGUCUGCACCGCCGCUGGCUUGCGUUCAUCACUGGGAGUCACUCCGUACACGAAAGUCCAGUUUUCAGACAGAAACUGCAAAAUCUGAAGCUUUAAAUAUAUUCAGGAUCGAAUGAAGCCAUGUCAAGUCUUGGAAACUGAUUGUUUCUUUCAGUAUGAAGUUUUAUUUUUAAGAGUAGGUUAGAUUAGAAACAUCAUGUUGAAAUGAAUAAGAUCUGUUCAGCUGUGGGUGUGACUUCAAAUGGAGGGCACUCAGGAGGGACCGGUUUGAGGAAGCACCAUAGACCGAGACGAAGGCAGAUACCUGUCCAGGUGGGUCGAGGAUCUGCUCUGUGAAACACUCCUAUCAGCCGCCCUGACGGUAGCUCUCAUCGUUUUGACCUCUCGUGUCUUAUUUACCUCCUCCUGUGGACUUCUCGUGGCUGUCACCCGGUCAGAUUAAUGUGCGAGUAUUUCCUCCGUUAUAUUCCUGCUUUUUCAGAUCAGCACAAAAUCAAAAUGAGCCUCUAAGUUUCUUUAAACUACCAGUGACAGAUGUUACUCUGCUGUAUUAUGGAUUUAUCAGAUCUGAGUCUAUUUAAAAUGUUAACCUUAUGAGAUAUUAAGCAACACAAUUGCUGUCAAAGAAGAUGAAAUGUUCCUUUUCUUCGAAGGGAUUUACUAAAGCGGUAGCAGCUGUAGUGCUCCUCUAAUAUUUAAUAUAUUAACAGACUGCGUACUAAAGCUAAAUGCUAAUCUCUGGUGUCAGUAGAAGCUUUGAAUGACAGUACGAUGAUAGCAGAACACGAUGCAGUCCUCCGACAUCCCCCCGGCGCCGCACGAAGCGCCGCCAUUAGCAUUAAGCUACAACGUCUGGUUGAACAAAGUGGGCACAGACUGAUGAAGGGAAACUAGAAAAGCAUGACACACUGUGCUAUUGUGCCUUUUAUCACUGUUGCACAUAUACAUAUAAAGCGUAAUCUCACUUUAGUCUUAUUUUAGAUGUGUUCUUUCAGUUUGUGUUUUUCCAUAUGUACCCCACCGUCCCCUCGCCCAGCGCCCAGCGCCAAGCGCCCGACUUACAGCUCACCCAGCACUCCUGAAGUGUGCGACCUGCCCCCCCCCCCCCCCUUCAUCCGUUGGUCUAAAAUGGCACCAACUGUUAUCUCCGUUCUCCAGCAGGGAGUGGUGUUCUGUUUCCUCCACCUCAUUCCUGUAGAGAGACAAAAGGCUGAACCUCAACACUGUUCAUUUUCUGUUUAUGGAUCUUUGUUUGUCUUUUAGAAAUGUUGUUUUUUUGUAUUUUUUUUUCUUGCUUAGAGAACGGGAACUUACACGUCACAAACCUAAAAAUAUACUACUUAACUACUCCCUAAAUGGAGUUUUUUUUAUCUCAGGUUCCACUGACAAAGCAUCCCAAAAGGCUUCAGUUCAGGCCGUGGAUUCAUGUUACAAAACAAGUAAAAUGUACUGAAAGCA